AUGCUGACCACCCUGUGGCUGUUGCUCUGCUUUGCUCUCCCGGUUCAGGAGUCGCCCUUUCCUAUCAGCUGUCCAAAUCACAAACAUUGUCAACUGGCCCUGCUCUCAGACAAUGAUAUCAUCCUGCACUGCGAUGCCCCUGGGGCACAGUGGCAAUUCUUCACACCACUCAAGACCACCUGGGCCAGCAAUUUCACUACUAAUCUCAACAUGGUAACAAUGCUCAAUGGCAACCUUCUCAUUAAAAAUCCACUACCCUCCCACACAGGCAUUUAUAACUGCAACGAUAAGGAUGGCAAGAAAGUGAUGCGGUAUGAAAUUGACUUCCAGGAUGUCGUCACCCUACAUAUUACACACAAAGAUCUGGAUCGAAAGCCCCUGCAGAAUGAGAGCCUGAGUCUGAGCAGCAAGCAGUUCGUCUUCACCCAGUGGGAGCCCUGGCAGGACUGUAACCAGUGUGGGAAACCAGGUGAACGCAAACGCCUGGGGUACUGCUACAUCCAAGAGUCCCUGGAAAACCCGAUGCCCUGCUGGCUCUAUCUGGGAGAUGAGAAGGUGUGGUCCAACCGCUUGAGGCCUGAGAUGCAGGUGGAAACCUGCCACAUCCCGUGUACACACAUACAUGCGAAAUAUGUCGUUUUUGACAACUUCCAGCUUAGAAACAACGUGGGAUCUGCGUGGCUCACCUGCCCCUUAGGAUCUAUCUACAGGCCCGUAUUCUGGGAAGCCAACAACCUCUCCCUGACAUGGAAGGACCAGCUCUCCGGCAAGAGCAUCAGCACCAUCAUGGACUCCUCCAAUGGCGGCAGCUGGCUGCAGGUCUUCCAGUCGGCCAUUUACAGGUGCUUCGUGCAGCGAGAGCUCAUGGCUCAAUUCAACUCCAAGGUCAAUGUGGAUCCACUGAAGUUUCUGAGCCCAGAAAACUCCAAACAACCACCAGAGGCAGAGGAGACCCGGAAAGAAAAUGGCAACUCUGUCCUUAAGGGGCUGAACGUGAUGAUGCUCGUGGGCAUGGUCUUGACUGUGCUGGGGUGCCUGCUCAAACAAUUCCACUUUUCCCGGAGGCGGGAGAGAAAUAAGAUGUUUCUGGUGAAAUAA